GUAUGUCAAAUGUGCCAAAGCUUAGAGUAAGAAUUUGAAUUGUUACAAAUGGCAUACAAUAACUCUUCAAGGAUUUGUAAGAGAAGAUUGUAAAUUUUUGGCAACAGCUUUUUGUGUCAUGACGUCACCAAAGUCUGUUAGCGUUUCUGAACAAGAGUCGGCAUCGUGGUGCAGUGAACCUCAAAAGAUGGCGGAAAACGUAUCAAUGCUGUCAGCGUCUGAUGCGGUUAUCGAGGACAAAAUUUGUUCAGGCCUUUCAGAUUUAAGUCAAGCGUGCCACGUGACCCCUUGUGCUUUUGAGCAAAGGAAACGAUCAAACUUAGUUUCAAAGGUUUUUGAUGAAGGAUUUACAAACUCCGACAUUUUUGAGGAUAUCACUCAUAUGAAAACCGUCUUCAGAAAGACGCCCGCUUCAUGUGAAAUGCGACAAAUGAGGAGACAUUUAGCGACUCAAUCCUCUUCUCACGUUACAAAAAUAUCUUCAAAUUGUCCAAAAAGGCAAUUUACUCAAAUCAACGAUAAUUAUAUGAAAGAAAACUUAACGAACUCCAGUAGAAAAUCUUUCGUCAGAACAAUUCAACCAUGCAACAGAUUAUGUACAAAGUGUCGUUCACGCCAUUUUAGUCCUUUAAAAAACUUAUUUAUUUAUUCGGUUUUCGUCAUUGUCAUCUUCCUGGCACACCAUCCUGUGUUGUCUGCUAAAACUCGGCAUCUGAGGAAGCGACAGCGUGAUACAGAUUUAGGUGUAAACGAAAUUAUUAUGCCUAUGUUUCCGAAUGCUGGAUCUAAUGAAGGUCUUUAUCCGUCAAUGGUGAACCUCGCCGCUCAAGCUCGUAUAGUCGCAAAUGCUACUUGUGGUGAAAAUGGCCCAGAACAAUUUUGUAAGCUGGUAGAACAUGUUCAUCGGAUAUCAAGACGACGACGGAAACGGAGUCAAUGUGACAUAUGUUCUUCACAUCCUCAUCAAAGUCACGAUAUCGAAUAUGCAAUCGAUGGUAGAGGAAGUCGUUGGUGGCAAAGUCCUACUAUAAGUAGUGGAUACGAAUACCAUUGGGUGACAAUUACAUUGGAUUUGAAACAAGUCUUCCAAGUGGCGUACUUCAUUUUCAAAGCGGGUAAUUCACCAAGACCAGGAAAUUGGAUUCUAGAAAAAUCUCUCGAUGGCAUCACAUGGCAAGCGUGGCAGUACUUUGCUGUCACGGAUAGCGAAUGUAGACAUCGUUACCCAGCUCGAGUCACAAGAAUGGGAUCACCAAAGUUUCGUUAUGACAAUGAAGUCGUCUGCACCUCUUUCUUUUCGCAGUUAUUGCCACUUCAAAAUGGAGAGAUUCACAUAUCAAUGAUAAAUGGGAGACCAAGUGCAGAGAACCCUUCUGACGAAUUAAUAAAGUUUACUUCCGCUCGUUACGUUAGACUUCGAUUCCAGAAGAUACGAACUCUCCAUGCUGAUCUUAUGACAAUCUCUGGCCAACCGGCAGAGUACGUGGACCAGUCAGUGACGCAACGGUAUUUCUAUUCCGUGAAAGACAUCAGUAUCGGUGGGAUGUGUAUCUGCUACGGACAUGCACACGAUUGUCCGUCACACGCAACAACAGGAAAAUUCAUUUGCAAAUGUGAGCAUAACACGAUGGGUGAUAAUUGUGAGCAAUGUAGACCGAAAUUCAACCAGUACAAGUGGAGCCCAGGGAAUGGUGGAUUUCAAUGUGAAGAAUGUAAUUGCUACGGGCAUGCCGAUUCUUGUUAUUACGAUGAAAACGUUGAGUGGCGAAAAGAAAGUAUAAAUAUGGAAGGGCAGAGAAAGGGAGGCGGAGUAUGCAUCGAUUGCCAGGAUCACACAGCGGGCAUCAAUUGUGAUAGUUGUGUUGAUGGAUAUUUCCGACCUACCAAUGUACCACCAGAAGAUGUGCGACCGUGCAGACCUUGCGAUUGCGAUACAUACGGUGCUCGCACAAAUUUCGAUGGUCGACAAAUGUGCAGAAAAACGACGGAAGAUGGCGGUGCACAUCAAGGAAUGCAACCCGGGGACUGUUACUGCAAGGACGGCUACGCGGGUUCCAAAUGCGAGCGAUGUGACUUCGGUUUCCGUGGAUAUCCUCGUUGCGAACCUUGUCAGUGUAAUCCUGCUGGAAGCUUGAAUAUGGAUCCUUGCCAUGGACCAUGUUUGUGCAAGGAAAACGUGAUAGGACCAAAAUGUGACGAAUGCAAAAAUGGAUAUUUCAACCUGGAGCGUCAAUCUCCGCUUGGAUGUGAGACGUGUUAUUGUUCUGGGAUUACCAAUCUUUGCGAAUCCGCUGUGCUGUACAGGAGAUACAUUCGAAACAUGCGUGGCUGGGAAGUUGUAGACAGACCAGCAUCACACACUACCGUCCCAUCUUAUGACGAAAAUUUGAACGAACCUUAUGUUUCACACGAAGAAACAGCUCGUGCUGUAUGCACUGGAUUAUAUUUUUGGAAACCUCCCAAUGAAUACAUAGGCAACAAGUUAUCUUCUUAUGGAGGAGAAUUGAGAUAUACUAUUUAUUACGAGUUACCUACCAAUAGUACUCAGUCAUCUCCGAUCAAAGAUAUUGAUGUUAUUUUGGAGGGUAAUGGAAUAUCUUUGGAAUUCAGUCGCCAAAGAGAAGUGCAAUCUUACGUCAGUACUCCUUUCGUCGUACCUUUUAAAGAAGGUACAGGCUGGAUGGAGUCUAAUUCAGGACGCUCCGCCACCAAAGACCAAAUUCUCCAAGCACUGAGUGACGUCAAGAGACUUCUUAUACGUGCAUCUUAUAAUCGAAACGGGAACGCUGAAUUCAGAAUUCGGGAUGUUAGUAUGGAUGUAGCGGCACCUGACGGCGAAGGAGAGCGAGUAACGUCUGUGGAGCAAUGUCAUUGUCCGCCGGGUUACGAUGGAACUUCAUGUGAAGAUUGUGCAGAAGGUUACUUCAGGAGCGGGCGUGAAUGCAUCAAAUGCGAAUGUAACGGUCGUUCCAAAACAUGUAACCUGUAUACCGGAGUUUGUGAGAAAUGUGAAAACGGCACAAUGGGUAUGCGUUGUGAGCUUUGCCAGCCCGGUUAUUACGAAGACACAGGAGGUGGUUGUAUAAGAUGCGCAUGUCCUUUAGUGGAAGCAUCGAAUAACUUCAGUCCGACUUGCGUUUUGGAUGAGUUCGACAAUGUUGUACACUGCUUGAACUGCCCUACUGGAUAUGAAGGUCUUCAGUGCGAAAGAUGUGCGGAUAGUUAUUAUGGAGAUCCUACCUCCAUUGGUGAUGUAUGUAAGCGUUGUGAAUGUAAUGGAAAUGCUUAUACGUGCGGCAAAAGUACUGGUGAAUGUAUUGCAUGUCGUGGUAAUACGGCUGGUCGCCACUGUGAACAAUGUGCAAAUGGUUUUUAUGGUGACCCGAUUAUCCGGAAAAAUUGCACCUCUUGCCGAUGUGAUCUUGAUGGAGCCGUUUCCCGUCAAUGUGACCCCGUUACGGGUCAAUGCCCAUGUCGUCCAGAUGUAUUUGGCAAAAGGUGCGAUACAUGUCAGGAAGGUCAAUAUUUGGAUCGCACUCGGAAAAUUUGCGCACCCUGCUUGUGUGACGCACAAGGGUCACUCGGAAGUGGGUGUGGUGUUACGGGUGAUUGCGUUUGCAAAGUAGGCGUGGUCGGAAUGAAAUGUGACCAGUGCAGUGUUGGAUAUUUUGAUUUUGGUAACGAUGGAUGUAAAGAAUGCGACUGCCCACAAACGAAUCAACAUUGUGAUCCUGUGACAGGAGCAUGUGUCUGCCCUCCACAUACAACUGGGCCAGGAUGUACUCUGUGUACACCGAAUGCAUAUGGGUGGCACACUAAUAAAGGUUGCAAGGAAUGCAACUGUCAUGGCGUUGGAUCAAAAUCAAGUCAAUGUGAUGAGUUUACAGGGGAAUGUGAUUGCAAAGACGAAUACACAGGAAAGCAAUGUAAUGCUUGCAGUGAUGGAUUCUACGACUUUCCAAAUUGCCUUCCUUGCGUUUGCAAUUUACCGGGGACAGUGUCAUCUUCUUGCCAAAACAACACUGGCAUAUGCACAUGCAGUAACGCUGGACAAUGUCAAUGCAAGAAAAAUGUUGUUGGGGUAAAAUGUAAUAGAUGUGCUGAGGGCACCUUCUCGCUUCUACGAGACAACCCAAAAGGAUGUACAGAUUGUUAUUGCUCCGGCGUUACUGACGAAUGCACUCAAGCUGUUUAUCACUGGGGAGACGCAGUAUCACUCUCUGUUGGGUCUCAAGUCAUGGUCGCCAAUCAAGUCAAUACAAGAUCCACAAGCGAAGGUGUGAUUAUGACGAAAAAUGCCGGAACGGUUUCAAUGGAUCCUGGUAUAGUACGCAGAACAAUGAGAUAUGAACCGUAUUACUGGAGACUCCCGCCUCAAUUCAGUGGAGAUAAGCUGACGUCAUACAAUGGGUUCUUGAGAUUCAAGAUAUUCUAUUCGGCUGCGAUCGGAGAUUCGGUACAUAAAGAUGCUCCAACAGUCGUAAUAAGAGGCCUACACAAAGCGACGACUAUUGGUUAUAAACUGGAAGAGCCUACCAAUAACGUAGAAAGAGAAUACGUACUAACAAUGAGAGAGGAUGGUUGGACUUAUCUUGAUACAGAUAUUCCAGUCAGUCGGGAUGAUUUCGCUCUCACGUUGACUUACAUUGACUUCUUUUUAAUCAAGGCAUCUUACGGACAACUAAUGGACCAGUCACGACUGAGCGAUGUUUUUCUUGAUGUUGCUGUAGAAGGUACUGGAGGUAGGGGUGACUCUUCGUCAAGUGGCCCUCCAGCUUUAGGUGUGGAAAUAUGCGAAUGUCCACCCGGAUACACAGGACUAUCAUGUCAGAUUUGUGAUACAGGGUAUAUGCGAAUACGUACUGGUAAAUAUCUGGGAGAAUGUAGGCCCUGUGCCUGUAAUGGAAAAAGCGAUAUUUGUGACGUCAACACUGGAACGUGUAUAGGUUGCAAAGAUAACUUCGUAGGAGACAGAUGCGAGCAAUGUGCCCUUGGAUUUUACCUCACAUCCGGUCCUUCUGGACCGGUGUGCAAGAAGUGCUUAUGUCCAUUGGGAAGUCCUGAAAAUAAUUUCAGUCCAACGUGUCAUUCUGAUGGUUCCGAUGGAUAUAGAUGUGAUGCUUGCCCGGCUGGGUACACUGGUAUACAUUGCGAGCAAUGUUCUCCUGGUCAUUUUGGGGAUCCUAUGUCACCAGGAGGAUUUUGUCAAAAAUGUGGAUGCAAUCCGUCCGGAUCUACGAGCUUAGAUUGUGAUCGGAUAACCGGAAAAUGUAAUUGCCAACCCGGUAUAACCGGAAGAGUUUGUGAUCAAUGUAGACCAAGACACGCUAUCACAGAAGAUGGAUGUAUACCCUGCGACGAUGAAUGUUCCGGGAAAUUAUUGGAAGAAAUUGAAGCCUUGACCACAACCACGCGAGCAGUUGACUUGAACAAUUUGUUUCCACCUCCUUGGGAUAGACUAUUGAGAGCAGAGAAUAAAACUCAUAAAUUACAACCUUUUUUGAAGAUUCUCCUUCACCGAAGGAGAGAAUUCGAGGUCUAUAGAUGUCGAAUGCUCAAGGGUUUCAUGGACGAAGCAUUGACCAACGCUAUUGACACCGUUACAGUGGUGACCGAACUUAAACCUGAAUUACAAAAACUCAAUUCAACAUUAGACAAAGCUGUAGAUCAGUCGAAAAUGUGCUAUCUGGAUGGCGAAGACGUCGUUUACCAAGCAAAUCGCACGCAUCAUAAAGUACAAAAGCGAAAAGAAAAAAUUGAAGGAACAAUCAAAAACAUCGAUGAAUUAUCAGGUCGUUUGCGACGUCUGUUAGAACGACUUCAAAACGGGACAGUGAUAGACGAUUCCGAGAUUGUUGUUGGAAUUGCAGAACUUAUAACUCAAUUAAGAAAUAGAGAUCUGUCAAAAUACAAGGAUGUAGCAGAUGAAGAACUAAGGUUGGCUGAUGAACUUAUGGAUAGAGUAAUUGAAAAAUUUACCAAUACCUCCAAUGACGUCAUCAAUCGUUAUAAUCAAUCAAAACAGAAGAUUGCAGAAAAGAUUCACGACGCGUUAGACAAAUUAGAGGAUUUAUUACAGAAGGCUUUAGCUGCGAGAACAAUUGCCAUGGAAGUCGACAAAAUGAAUAAUAUGAACAACCAAACAAUCAGACAACUAAAGGCAGACAUUGAAAGGUUAGAAAACGAAGUUGUCAUGGUUGAAAUAAUUUUGAAAGACACACGAAGAGUUAUAAAUGAAACAGAAAAUGCAAUCAGGAGAACUGCAAAUUUUAUAGAGGAUCUCAAAAUGAGAGGGGACAAGUUGCGCCAAAUGCUUCAGGAGUUGAUGAGAGAAUCAGAUAAAAUAGCAAUGGUACAGGAUCAAUUGAUUUUGUUGAAAUUACUUGUAAAGCAAGCACGGGAACACGAAAGAGAAUUGGUUGAAUUAGCAGACUAUUUUCAAAAGGUAUAUAACAAUAUAAGUGGGACUUCAUUUAAUCAAACGGAUGCUGCUACAAGAUAUCCCAGAAUUGUGGAAAUUAUGAACAAAGCUAAUAAAACUGCCUACGAUGCAUUGGGAUUAUCUAUGGAUGCGACUGAAUUGGGAAAAGGUAAUCUGAACGAAAGGGCAGAAGCUGCUCUCGACAGCGCAAUGGAUUUGGUCAACGAAGUAUCUAAUAUGAAAGACACAAUUAAAAGUGAAAAGCAAAAGCUACGUCAGGUGAAGAAUCAAACUAGAGUUGCUAACAUUACCGCAAGCGAUUUAGAAAAGAAAUUCAACAAAAUCAAAAAAUCAAUCAACAAACUGAAUACAGACAUGUCUCCAAACCCUAAUGACGUCAUCGAGAAGGCUGAGAAGACAAAUGCUAUGUCCGAUGAAGUUAUGGCCGCAGCAAUGGAAUUGGAAAAAAAAGUAAAUGAUCUGGAAAAUGCUGUUGAAAUCGCAAACAACUAUUCUGACGUCAUAAAAGAAAUAAGAGAUAACCCAUUCUGGGUUGAAAGCGUACCGGACGUACUAAAAAAAGCCAACGACAAAGUUGCAGAAGGGAAGUUGAAACAGAAUAAAAAUGAAAUGAAAAGCGAUGAAGUCCGUUCGAGAAUUGAUGAUCUAAGGAAACAAAUUGAAGAAACGCGAAUGAAAGCUGCAUCAAUACGAAAAGCUUCAGUCAAAUCGGAAGGCCUAUGUACAAUGAGGUAUUUGCCUAGAGUUGCACCUGGACGGAUUACUGAUAUUGUGUUGCAAUUCAUGUCAGUGAACACGAACAACACACUUUUCUACAUGGGAAGGGAUGAGGCUGACUACAUUCUAAUUCAAACAAUUAACGGAUACAUUCAUGUCACUUGGGAUUUGGGAAGUGGGAAAGGAGAAAUCUUAAACCCAGUCGACGUCACGAAGAAUCCACUCCUUGAAAAAGAUUGGUUCCGAGUUGAAAUAAGCCGGCUUGAUAGCGACAUGAAUGUGACAGUAUACCAAAUGAUCGACAAGGACGGAACCGAAGUUACAAUCCCCGGUACGAGUCCUGGUGAAUCAUUCAGCUUGGACAUUGACGAGAGAGAUAACUUAUACAUCGGAGGUGUUCCACAAACAGUAAAACUCCCAGAUACCGUGCCUGUUCGAUCAUUUACUGGAUGCAUGGGUGAAGCAACAUUACAAAAGAAACUGGUGGGAAUGUGGAAUUUUAGAGAAGUCAGCGAUCCAUCUCACUGCGAUGGCUGCUUUGCAAGUCCACAAGACAAACCGAGUACUUCACCAACAGUAUAUGGAUUCAACGGGGAGAGCUAUACCGUUCUUCAAGAACCUUUGUCUGCGCGUGGUAGCAACCAUCUCACCUUACUAGAUUUUGAAUUCAAGACCUUUAGUACCAAAGGCUUACUGCUAUAUAAAGGAUCUUCGAUAACGAAUGAUUUUGCUUCGGUUGAAUUGGUCGAUGGAAGAAUUGUGGCAAGAAUAAAUCUUGGCAAUGGAAUGCAUAUACUGACUACAGAAAAGAGAUACAAUACCGGAAAAUGGAUUAAGACGUUUUUCAGAAGACUGCAGGGAAAAGUACAACUCAUCGCACGAUCAUCUGCAACCGAAGUCGAAAUGCUAAAACUCCAAAUAAACGGAAGUGAUGGUCUUUUGAAUAUGACCUCUACUGACCUAACUUGCAUUGGUGGUUGCCCUUCUCAAAUCGUUCUGACCCAUAUCUUCAACUAUUACCUAAGCACCCCUGUUCAAGAAACUGGCUUUGUUGGAUGCAUGAAAGGCUUAUCGGUGUUUGGAGUCGUUCAACCGCUAUCCGGUUCCGGAAACAACGUGCUCCGGUUUUCACAAGUUGAUACAACCUGCCCAGCAGAGGUAUCACGUGACAUUGGCAUCGACGACGAUGGAUUUGUUGAACUUAACGGUCACAAUCUUCCAACUACUGGAUCGGUGUCUAUUACAUUUAAUUCAAUGGAACCGGAUGCUUUGUUGCUAUUGGCAACCGAUGACGUCACUUCAAGAAGGAAACGAAGACGAAGACAGUCAAAUAACAAUUUCUAUUCUCUUUCUCUCAACGCUGGUCACGUAGAAGCUCGUCUCAGAACUUCAAACGGGUCGCCCCUCAUAUUGAGAUCAAAAUCGAGUAUAUAUUCCGACGGAGACGAACAUACCGCACAAAUACGAAGAGAAAACGAAGUAAUCCAGCUUAUUAUAGAUGAUAGAAUAAUGAUGGCAGUUAGUGGAACGUUGCCUAAAGGAGGAGGAUCUAUCCUUUCUGUUAGCCGUAUUUACGUUGGUGGACUUCCAAAAAUGUUUGAAAUUAAAGAUAUGGCGCAGACGAAUUCAUCCCUAAACGGCUGUAUACGGGAACUUGUUACAGAUAGACUUGUUGAUUUCAAUGAAGCAGUCCAAGUUUCCAAUUCGUAUUUUGGUACUUGCGUCUAUACCCAAACUGCAGCUCUAAUUUUGCCACCAGUGGUUGUUCCUACUCCACCAACAACGGAGACCAGAACACGUAUUCAAAUCCGAUCGACCACACCCUCAGUCACACCCUCGGCUUUACAAACGGUUACUAUACCACCGACAGUGGCAAGAACCACGGUAAGCGAUGAAGCGACAACGGGCUGCGUACCACAAGGAGAUUUGCCUGUAUUGAAAGGCACUACAGUAAAAUUUGGACGAAGUGCUCACAGUCAUAUGCAAUUUGCAUUUGAUGACAACAUUGAAGCCAAGUUUCGUGUGCAAAUCGAAUUCCGAACUUUCGCUUCGGAUGGUGUUUUACUCUACGCGUCAAGUGAUGAAUAUUCAGACUUCUUUUCUCUUCAACUGAAAAACGGGAAACCAGUAUUUAGAUUUGAUAGCGGAAAAGGAGCUGGAGAAACAUCUGGAAAUUUUUCAGUGAACGAUGGGAAAUGGCACACGGUUCGAAUUGCGAGAUCAAAACGCAAAGGUUGUAUAAAGGUUGACAAUAUGAGAUACAGAAUCGCAAAGUCACCACACGGUAAAAAUAGAAUGGACGUCACAAAGAUUCUUUAUAUUGGUGGAAUCCCCGCAGAUAUCGACUCCAGCAAAUUGUCAGGAAUGUGGCAGAGUGUUGAUACCUGUGUGCGGAGUGUUUCAUUGAAUAAGAAUAAGUUGGAUCUCCGAAAACCAUCCAUGUCAAAUAACGUUGGACAGUGUCAUGAAUAUGUUGAGAAAGGAGCAUACUUUGAUGGAUCCGGAUAUGCUGUUUACAAUAAUGAGUAUCGGGUUGGACCAGUUAUGUCAAUCGAGUUGGAAUUCCGAACGUGGUCGAGAGACGGAGUUCUUGUAACAAUUUCAGAUAGCUCAAGAAGCGAUGGCCUGGCUUUGGAAAUUGUUAAUGGCACGAUUUACUUUCGCGUUAACAACGGAGCGGGCAAUAUUUAUACUCAAUACACACCAAAACUAAAUAUUCCUAACGUUGCCCUUUGUGAUGGAAACUGGCAUAAAUUGAAGGCGACCAAAUCGAAAAAUCUUCUCACUCUUACUGUGGACGAUCGAGUUUCAACGGAUCCAGGAACUCCAAUGGGCGAUCAGAAAUCUGCUGAUACAAAAGAUCCACUUUAUAUAGGCGGCUAUCCAGAUGAUGCCCUUCAACAGAGACAAAUCACCACUAAAUUGAAAUUCCGUGGAUGCAUUAGAAAAAUGAAAUUGAAAGGCCAAACAGUGGAUUUCUCACUCGUUCACGAAUACAGAAAUAUUUAUCCAAAUUCAUGUCCGACGUCUAAGAGCUAAAACGCAGUAGUCGAGGCUUUCAUAUCAAGUGCACGACACAGGAAUGGCUGGAAAAAAAACCGCCGCAUCACUAAAGGUAUUACUAUACCAAGAAGAUGGAGAAAUGAAGCACUUGGAAUAUCACUCACGGGGAUACUGAAAGUAUCAUACCACAACAAUGCAUUUAGCUUUUAAUUAUGUCAUCGACCAUCGUUUAACAAGGCAUAUGUGGAAAAUCAGUUUAAUUGUGUCAUCUCCGCUUCUCAGUACUGAUUGUACAACAUUAUUAAAGAUGUAAAUACGUGUUUUAUUCGCCAUAUCUGGUGAAAUAUUAUUCCAAUGAAAUCUUCAAAUUCACUUUCUUAUUUUUCACGUAGUGUAUUUUCCAGAAACAGCAUGCCGAUACAUAUUUCACAAUUCACCGGUUCGUGCAUUUCCCACUAUACUUCCGUUUAUAUAGCAACGAUUUCUAAAAUAUCAUCUCUCGUUUUUUGUAAACUCUCAUAUUCGUGAAAUGUUUUCAUGGCUCACGAGGUUGUCUUUUCAUCAUUUUCAAUGCACUACCUCUUUAUUCUUCAUUCAUUUCUUUGCUGUCAUUAUCACUAACAUACAUGAAUUGAAUGGAAUUAUGAUGUAACACUUGGACACAAAAUGGACGAUGCAUUGAACGUAGAGAUGAAAAGCCCAGCACGGACGCAUCAUUCCAAUGAACUAACUAAAUCAGCAUAUUUCAGUAUAAUACAUACGUAAUGCUUGUAAAUUUUGAAAGAAUUUGUGCCUCUAAGCGUUUUGUUCUAGUUAGUUUCCUUUUAUUUCAUUUUUAUCACUUAUUAAAUAGAUACUGUAUUUUUUCAAGCACAUGCCUUGUUAAUUCAGCAUAUUCUAUCAAUUUUUUUUAUUUAUUUUUAUACAUUUUAUAUUUCUGUCAUUUUUCAUUACUAUUUAUCUUCUUAGAGAAAUAUGAUUUCGAUUUUGCCGGCUUUAUGUUAUUUGAAUGCUAUAUUUAUUUCACGUCAUGGGGUGAUGUCAUGUUUACGUCAGCGAUGGUAGCUAACAUAUAUAUCGGUAUCAAGUCCAUAUGUGCCUUAUUCUUACGAAUAUCGUUUAGAAUGUUGUUAUCUUUGCCAUCGCACUGUGAUUGGGUGUCGAAAUCGGAAAUAAAAUGUCAUU